UGGGCUGUCGCUGCCAUGGCCAUGCAGAUCCAGCUCGAGGCCAGCGCAGACACAUCAGCAGAGGAGGAGAGCUUUGGGCCACAGCUCAUAUCCAGGCUGGAGCAAUGUGGCAUAAAUGCCAAUGAUGUGAAGAAGCUGGAAGAAGCUGGAUUUCACACAGUGGAGGCUGUGGCUUAUGCUCCAAAGAAGGAGCUGCUGAACAUUAAAGGCAUCAGUGAAGCCAAAGCCGACAAAAUCUUGGCUGAGGCAGCCAAACUGGUUCCCAUGGGCUUCACCACGGCCACAGAAUUCCACCAGCGGCGGUCAGAGAUCAUCCAGAUCACCACUGGCUCCAAAGAGCUGGAUAAGCUGCUUCAAGGGGGAAUAGAAACAGGGUCCAUAACAGAAUUAUUUGGGGAAUUCCGUACUGGGAAGACGCAGCUGUGUCACACCCUGGCCGUCACCUGUCAGCUCCCCAUAGACCGUGGGGGCGGCGAGGGAAAAGCCAUGUACAUCGACACGGAGGGGACCUUCCGUCCAGAGCGACUCCUGGCCGUGGCUGAAAGGUAUGGCCUGUCUGGCAGUGAUGUCCUGGACAACGUGGCUUAUGCUCGGGGCUUUAACACCGACCACCAGACCCAGCUGCUGUACCAGGCCUCGGCCAUGAUGGCUGAGUCACGGUACGCUCUGCUGAUUGUGGACAGUGCCACGGCCCUGUACCGCACGGAUUACUCGGGAAGGGGGGAGCUCUCGGCCAGGCAGAUGCACCUGGCCAGGUUCCUGAGGAUGCUGCUGCGCCUGGCAGACGAGUUUGGCGUGGCUGUUGUCAUCACUAACCAGGUGGUGGCACAGGUGGAUGGAGCUGCCAUGUUUGCUGCAGAUCCCAAAAAGCCCAUUGGAGGCAAUAUCAUCGCUCAUGCUUCCACUACCAGGCUGUACCUGCGGAAAGGCCGAGGUGAGACCAGGAUCUGUAAAAUCUAUGACUCCCCGUGUCUGCCCGAGGCUGAAGCCAUGUUUGCCAUCAAUGCCGACGGAGUGGGAGAUGCUAAAGACUGAGAACUCCUUUUCUUCCCCUGAAUCCCAAGACUCUGUGUAAGAGCUCCUUUCCUGGUGGCACCUUAGGGACGCUUCCCAAGGCAGGGGGCAGAGGAAGCUGUGCUGUGUCAGCGUGGGAACGUCGGGACACACCGAGCGCAGCCGGGGCUGUUGGGAAGGGAUCUCCCUCUGCUGCAGGCACAGAUGAGCUCCCUGUGCUUCCUGGGCAGCAUUCCCAUGGGACCAGACCCUGUGUGUUUCCCCAUCCCACCGUGGACACGGGACAGCAGAACCUUGGUGGCCACAGUUGGGAACGUGGUGAAUUGGAAGCAAAGCUGAAGGGUUUGUUCACUAAGAGAAGUGGUGAUUUAUAAACCAAAGCAGAGUGGCAUGCCACACGAGGGAUUUGGGAUUGGGGAUGGUCCCAAUCCAUAAUCUUUGUGUUCACUUUCUUUUGAAUGCUGCAGCCUGCAGGGCUGGGGAAGCUGCUCCUUUACAUUUCUGUUUAAUUUUCUGUAUUUUGUUAAUUCUCUGUGGAUAUCUGCUUUUAAUAAAAAGCCCCAGAGGAUAUUGAUGAUGUCCCAGGUUCCUGGGAUUCACAGGUGUGUGUUCAGACCAGAGAUUGUUCUGGCUGGCAGGAGCUGCACCAAUCCCCCGGGAAUCUCAGUCUGGGAUUGUCUUUUCUCCCAGUUCUCAGUUUGGGGAUGCAGUGCAGCCCUGCCCUGUGGAUCUCCUAGAAGAGUUUUGGGGUUAAGAAAAUUAUUUUCUAUUCUGCAAUAUUUCUCUAGAACUUGAUUAAAAAGAAUAAAACUGUAUCAAUGUGGUUUUAAUGUGUUCAUUUGCAUUGGUUAAUUAAAGCAAAUCAUCGA